UGCGAGGUUUGUGAAAGGCUGAAAUCAUGUAUUGUGAGUGUUUGUGGCACUGGGGACCAGGGGACCCCUAUCUAUAUGGAAAAUUGUCACAUCAAUUGUGAUGAUAAUGAGUACAUCUGCAAGGCAUCUUCAGGCGAAAGUGGAAUUCUUGGCUGGACUCCUGAAAGUCCCUGCCCUCCAAAAGUGGAAGUUACUACCACAACUACCACUACUGCAAUCCUCACCGCUUCCCCUAGUGAUUACACUUUAGAAUUAGGACAGGAUAAUGAAGAAAAGGUACAAAACGUAAAUGAUGCCCUUCAAAAUAAAUCUGUUGGUGCUAUCCUUCCGAGUAUAAACGAUUCUUCCCAUCUAUUUUUCUGGAAGUCGUCACUGUUGUUGAAACACAUUUGGCUUUUACCGUUGAUUAUUGCUACAUCAGCUAGCUUCAUACUGAUUUUCAUAUUCAUUUGCGCUUAUUGCAUAUAUGACUCUCGGAGACGUCAAACUGUGACCUAUCGAGCAAAUAAUGUUGAUGGCGACAUUUUAAAGAAGAAUAAUCGGACUGCGUUCGCUUCAAAUUGCUUUUCGAAUGGGUUUGGCUUUUCUUGCUGUCGCCGUAGUGCCAAUCAUAGUGACGUUGACCUGAAGACAAGCCGGUCUGGGGGCACUGCAGGACAACGAUCAUUCAUUUGCCUUGACAAUGUCAUCGUAUAUGAACUGGCUACAAAUAAGUCGGCGACAGAUUCUGUGGCAAAGGCACAUGGGGCCAUAGGGCGUAUUGGGUCGGCGGACAACUUGCUCGGGUGGAUCACGGCUGAAUCGGGUCUUAAACAUGGCUGUAAAUCUCUAAUGGCCGGUUAUGAUGAGCGCAAAAAAGGCCAUAAAAAUCCGCCUGGUUAUAGCCAUAAAAAUCCGCCUGGUUAUAGUAAGGAAAAAAAGUUGAUAAGUAUGCUGAAUAAACAGGGAUGGAAAGCUGGAGGAAUGCAAACAAAGCAGUCUCUAAUGAGAUCUAGCAUGGACUCUGUUAAAGCCCUGACUGGUCGUGGUCCUGCUGGGGGAAAAGUGUUAGUUCCACAUGAGGCUGUUGGUGGCGAGCCGAUUGACGCAUGCGCUAGAUUUGAUGUUAGAAAUUUCGUGCAAAGCAACAAUUCUUUUUGUGCGACUCCGAUGAACGUUGCUAAUGGAACCUCGUAUAGAAUGCGUCAGGAAGAUAACGAAUCUGAUUCAGGCUUAAGCAGAUGUUUGAUUCCGACUGGUCAAGGCAGCCUGAACAGGAAAUUGGGGUCGGGCGGCUGGUCUGGCCGAUACAAACGAUCAAGCCCCAGUAAAGAUCCAAAACGCUUGAGUAGAGGUCUAUGCUGGAUGGAGACAGCAACCCAAAAAUUUGUGGAUCCGCCAAGAAGACUUUCAUUUCGUAUGAAAGUGCAUGAAGAUGAGAUUCAAAAGUCGAUCUCACCAGAAGAGGAGGCUGGAUCCUGUUGUGCUGCAGCCGUCUCGCUUGCAUACAACCUUAAGUACUCCACCAACUUGAGUUGA